CUUAAUUAUAAGGUAACACUGGCUUCAUUUCUUCCGGUUAUGUCCCAUCUAGUUCUGUUUUUGAUAGCCAGACAGGUCUUGUCUGUUACCUCACAUCGAUAUUCUGUCCAUAGAGAUGAUUUCCCCGAUGGUUUCAUCUUCGGAACUGCUUCUUCCGCUUACCAGUACGAAGGAGCUGUGAAUGAAGGAAACAAGGGAGAUAGCAUUUGGGAUACCUUCACUAGAAAACCAGGGAAGAUUAUGGACUUGAGCAAUGCAGAUACUGCUGUUGAUCAUUAUCAUCGGUUCGAGAGCGACAUAGAGUUGAUGAAAGAUUUGGGAAUGGAUGCGUAUAGAUUUUCAAUAUCUUGGCCCAGAAUAUUUCCAUAUGGAGCAGGGGAACCCAAUGUAGAAGGAAUAAACUACUACAAUAGACUCAUUGAUGCUUUAAUUAAAAAAGGAAUCAAGCCAUUUGUAACUCUGUAUCAUUGGGAUCUGCCACAGAUUCUCGAAGAUGAAUACGAAGGAUGGUUGAGUGGACAGAUCGUCGACGAUUUCAAUCACUAUGCUGUUACUUGCUUCAAAGCUUUUGGAGACAGAGUGAAGCACUGGGUCACCUUCAACGAGCCCCAUAAUUUUGCAAUCCAAGGUUUCGACAAUGGUGUUCAAGCCCCCGGACGGUGCUCCAUUCUCGCCGGUCUACUUUGCAAGCACGGCAAUUCUUCCACCGAACCCUACGUCGUAGCUCACAACGUCCUUCUUUCUCACGCCGCUGCUUAUCACAGUUACUGCCGAUACUUCAAGGAAAGACAAGGAGGCCAAAUCGGAAUAACAUUGGACGCUAAAUGGUACGAACCGAUCUCUGAUAAAGAUGAAGAUAAAGAUGCAGCAAACAGAGCAUUGGAUUUUGGAAUUGGAUGGUUCCUUGAUCCACUUUUCUUUGGUGACUAUCCUGAAUCAAUGAGAAGGCUUGUGGGAGAAAGGUUGCCUCAGAUCUUACCAGAGACGUCCAAAUUGCUAGUUGGGGCUUUUGACUUCAUUGGCAUAAACCAUUAUACUACAUAUUAUGCUCGAAACGAUCGAACCCAAAUCCGCAAACUCAUAUUACAGGAUGCUUCAUCAGAUGCCGCUGUUAUCACUACAUCUUUCCGAGGUGGAGCUGCCAUUGGUGAAAGAGCAGCUUCGAGAUGGAUAAGAAUUGUCCCAUGGGGCAUUAGGAAGUUGGCAAGAUAUCUGAGAGAUAAAUAUGGCAAUCCACCUGUUAUAAUAACAGAGAACGGUAUGGACGAACUAAAUAGCCCAUUUAUUUCCAUCAAAAAGGCUUUGAAAGAUGACAAAAGGAUUGGAUAUCACAGGGAUUAUCUCUCAAACCUAUCAGCUGCUAUAAGGGAAGAUAAGUGUGAUGUUCGAGGGUACUUUGUGUGGUCAUUGCUGGACAACUGGGAAUGGAACAAUGGGUACACCGUUCGAUUUGGACUGUAUUAUGUGGACUACAAAAAUAACCUGACAAGGAUUCCCAAGGCUUCAGUUCGAUGGUUUAAGAGUCUACUUAGACAGAGAACUUAUCUUUCAACGAAUUGAGGAAGUAUACUUAUAUUUUCUU